ACAAAUUUUUUGUAUCGGCUUUUAUAGUCCAUCAUGAUGACCCCGAAGGGAAGCAUGCUCGUCUUUAUUGGCAUUCUCUUGGUUAGCUUCAGAAUGAUUGAGAUUACGAAUGCAAUACAAUACAUCAAUUACCAUGCUUUGAAAACAGAUGUAAGUCCGGGAUGUAGUCCUAAACAUCCUGGACUUUGUAAAUUACAUGAGGCCAACUCAUAUCAAAGAGGUUGUAGUGCAAUCAAUCGUUGUAGGAGAGAUGAUUACAUAGAUAGUGAAGAAAAAAUUAAAGGUGAUGCAAAAAAUCAUAUCGAUGAUGAUGAAGACGACAACGUUAAAGGUCAUGCAAGACAUGAUGAUAUCAAAGAUGAUGACAAAGAAAAGAUUAAAGGUGAUUAUCGAGGAGACGAUAUCAACGAUGACGAAGAAAAGACUCUUAAACGCGGUGCAGGAAGUGAUAUCAAAGACAGUGAAGAGAAGAUUAAAAGAGAAAAUAUUCUUAAAGUUGAUGUAGGAAAUGAUACCAAUACUCUUCAAGUUGCACGCAAAAUCAAUCCAAUUCCACACAAGUGAGUAAAUUGUGAUGAUGCAAAAUGUAUUUUACAUUGAAUUUUGUAGUGAGAUAAAUUAUUUAUUUUUUAAUAUUCAUCUCCAUGGAAUA